GUGUGUGUGUGUGUGUGUGUGUGUUUUUUUUUUCAUAUCACGCAUGCGCAGUACCAUACCGGCGACGGCUGUACAAACGGUGGCCUUGCGAUAAGGGGAUUAAGAGCCCAAUUUGACAGGCUACACAAUGAGUCAGGGUAAGGACAAUGCACGACUCAAGAGCUACAAGAACAAGUCCCUCAACACAGAUGAAAUGAGAAGAAGGAGGGAAGAGGAAGGACUACAGCUCCGCAAACAGAAGAAGGAUGAACAGCUUUUUAAGAGGAGGAACGUUGCCACAGUGGAGGAUGAUGGGAUCCCAGAGGAUGAUGGGAUGGCUGAUAGUGGCUACCUGGAGUCCCAGGCUAACAACAUGGACCCACUUAUGGGUGGGGUGAUCUCUGAAGAUAUGACUCAGAUGAUAUUCUCCAGCUCUCCUGAGCAGCAGCUAAUAGGCACUCAGCGCUUUAGGAAACUCCUUUCUAAAGAACCCAACCCACCCAUCGAUGAAGUCAUUGCCACUGCCGGGGUGGUGGAGCGCUUUGUUGAGUUCCUGAAGAGGAGAGAAAACUGCACAUUGCAGUUUGAGGCUGCAUGGGUGUUGACCAACAUCGCAUCAGGAACAUCCCACCAGACUCGGGUGGUGAUCCAGGCAGGAGCUGUACCUAUUUUCAUAGAGAUGCUCAGCUCGGAUUUUGAGGACGUACAGGAACAGGCAGUGUGGGCGUUGGGAAACAUAGCAGGAGAUAGCACAGAAUGCAGAGACUUUGUCAUAGACUGCAACAUCCUGCCUUCCCUGGUGCAGUUGUUGGCCAAACAGAAUCGUCUAACGAUGAUGAGGAAUGCAGUGUGGGCGCUCUCAAACCUGUGCAGAGGAAAGAACCCACCUCCGGACUUCACUAAGGUGUCUCCGUGUCUCAGUGUGUUGUCUUGGCUGCUGUUCGUCAAUGACACAGACAUUCUGGCUGAUGCAUGCUGGGCACUCUCCUACCUAUCUGAUGGCCCCAAUGACAAAAUCCAGGCUGUUAUUGAUUCUGGAGUCUGUCGCAGGCUGGUGGAGUUACUGAUGCACACUGAUUAUAAGGUGGUAUCCCCUGCACUGCGAGCCGUUGGGAACAUAGUCACUGGAGAUGAUCUACAGACACAGGUGAUUUUGAACUGUUCAGCACUGCAGUCCCUACUUCACCUCCUCAGUAGCCCCAAGGAGUCUAUUAAGAAGGAAGCCUGCUGGACGAUUUCCAACAUCACCGCAGGGAACCGAGCACAAAUACAGAUGGUGAUAGAUGCAGGUCUGCUGCCUCCUCUCAUCACUAUCCUGCAGGUGGCAGAAUUUCGCACAAGGAAGGAGGCGGCCUGGGCCAUCACCAAUGCCACCUCGGGGGGCUCUGCAGAGCAAAUUAGGCACCUAGUGGAUCUGGGCUGUAUAAAACCUCUGUGUGACCUGCUCACACUUAUGGACUCCAAAAUAGUUCAGGUGGCUCUAAAUGGCCUGGAGAACAUCCUGCGACUGGGAGAACUGGAGGCCAAGAGAGGCGGAGGCAUCAACCCUUACUGUGCACUCAUUGAAGAGGCCUACGGUCUGGACAAGUUGGAGUUCCUGCAGGGCCACGAGAACCAGGAAAUCUACCAGAAAGCCUUCGACUUGAUCGAGCGCUACUUUAACACUGAAGACGAGGACCCGUCUCUGGCUCCCGCCGUCGAUCUGCAGCAGCAGCAGUUCCUCUUCCAGCAGUGCGAGGCCCCGAUGGAAGGCUUCCAGCUAUAAUGCUAAAUCCUCCCUCCCUCCGUGCUCCACCUUCAUCUUCACCUCUGCUCAUUUCUCUCACCCUCUGCCCACUGCCACGAUCAAGGGGUCACGACGACCCUCAGCUCCCCUCCUCUUUUUCCCUUCUCAUCGUCAGAGAGGUUGAUUUAAUCAUUAUCAUGAUUAUGAAAAAUGUAACAUUACGGGAGCACGUGUGUGCGUACGUCCAAUGUGGGUCAAGUUCUGCAGUCUUGUCAGCCAGUUUGUGAAGGUUUCACUCGUCAUUCUGUCCCCACCUACCUGCCCAGGCCCCAGCCGUCUCCUACUAGCAGACUGUACCUGUAACACCACCCCAGUCUUACUUUUUUGGAUCUCCUCCUCGGCUCAUCCCAAAUAAAAAGCACCUACCCAUGUUCCAGUAGGAUUUGACGAUCCCUAUCCCUGAAUUAAGCGGGAGUUUGUUGUAGGACUGACUGCUUGUCUGAUUAAAGCAUUAAUGACUCGCAAGACAGACAAACAUGGACGUGAUUUAUACCCCCCCUUUCCACACACACAGACACAGACACACACACAAAACAAGAAUGAUCUUACCUAAACACUGGACUGACUAUGAGACAUUUGACUGUGGUCUUUGGACUGAACUGCCCACAGCGGGGCACCAUGGCCAGUCCCAACCCAAGGACUCAACUGACCUCUACAAAAGGCACUUAAUCGACUCAAAAAUGGAGGUUGAAUUCCCUCACCUCCUCUCACCGGGCCAUUGGACGAGUGACCACAGAUGGACAAAUUAGGAACUUGACUGUGUCGCUGAGGGGUGGAGCUUGUCAGUGAUAAACCAGGCUGCUUGCGUUCCCUCUUGGAUCUCAUAUCAUGCAUUCCUUCAUCCAGUAACGGGCCUUUCCACCAGCACAGGCUCCAUCCUUAAGAGUUUAGACUGCCUCCCGCCUCCGGUGUGAUGUGAAUAACCCCAUGGAACCAUGGGAAUUGGAGUCUUCCCUCGCACUGAGACAAUUGGACAGACUUGGACAAGACAAAACAGACUAUUUAACCCUGAAAUCUGUCUAGCGGCAGACCAGGGAAAAUUUUUAUUAUCUUACCAUAAUUUCAUUUCAUUUGCAGCACUUUAGUUGAGGACUGACGCCUGCUCUUCGAGAAUAUACUGUAGUUUUUACAUAACUAUUUAAUUGGUUGAUGUCACGGCUCUUCCCUCCUCAGGAAGCGAGGCGUAAAGAGGUAUGGUCUCAAUCCUUGGUCCCCUCUUGGUAUGACAAGGAUAACAAUGUACUUCACUGUUUACCCUUCCCACAAAGGGACUCUAGCAGAUUGUGGACUGAAACUGUUAGCACACUAAUUAACAAUCAGUUGAUCAUGCUGCCUCAGCAGAAUUUUAUUGUCACAAAGUAAAUGAAAGUCAUUUGGAAAAUUGGCUGUUUAGCUGCGAGUCUAAAACAUGACUUUCCAACACUUGUUCAGGAGGUAUUUUACAAUUUGAUCAUGCCAAAUCAUCACCACAUAUAUCAGCUAUUGGGUCUUAGGUUUCUUUUUAAAUACAUAAUGUUUUUUAGUUGGGGUUAGCAUCUGUCAUGUUGCUGAUGGUGCCAUAAUCUUUAUUUUACAGAAAUCCUUCCAGAUCAUUUCAACAAAAAUCCAGAUUAAAACUUGAAAAUGCUGGUGAUCACCUUAGUUAGAAGAACUGAAUGUUUGUUUACCAAGUCCUCUUUACAUUGCUUACUUUUUGUCAACAUCUCUGCAAGAGAUGACCAGCUCUACAUGUUAAUUACUGUUUGUUGUACUGAGUUUGUGCAGCUGUCCCCUGUUAUGCCAUUUGCAUAAAAGCUGUUUCAUGAACCACA